CAAAUACAUAAGCUUCCGUGCACGCUCGGCGAUUCAUUCGCUUUCGGCCAAUUGGAAGUUACACGCGGUACUUUACGAGCUAGAAGCCGACUCCACGUGCAAAGUAUGCACCGCAUUUCCUUGAGACGCGGAGCUAGCAUCUGCUUGUGAAAACGUCCCGCGAAACAAAGCAGUAAUGAUAAGAGAAAUGAAUUCCAAAAUGAGCCGCCCACAAACAAGCAAACGCGGAAUAUUUGCGACUGUUGUCGUGUUGGCAAUUGUCAUUGGGAGCGCUCUUUUUGCAUAUACGGCUUUUGGAAUGGCACCUCGUGAUAGCGGCGUCGUGCAACAAGUGGCUAUUAUUUUCAGACAUGGAGAUAGAACACCAACGGAAACCUAUCCUAAUGAUCCGCAUUUAACGCAUAACUGGUCGGACGGUUGGGGAGCUUUAACAAAGGAGGGUAUGCUACAACUAUACAACUUAGGUCAAUAUAUUCGCAAAGAGUAUGGAUGGCUGGCAGGAAUCAAAUAUCAUCCGUCGAUCAUGCUUGUGCAAAGCAGUUACGCAGACCGUUGCAUUAUGUCAGCGCAAUCAUUGCUUGCGAGCCUUUAUACCCCAAAUGAAGAAGAUGUUUUCUUUCCUGGAUUAGCCUGGAGACCAGUUCCGGUACAUCCGAUUCCGCGAAAUAGUGAUAGAAUUAUUGCAGUUAAAGAACCCUGUCCGCGGUUAGAGAAGGAGUUGGAGCAAGCAUACAUCAACGAAUCACUGAGGUCGGGCACGGAGUUGGCAUCAUAUUAUGCUAAACUGACGCAUUUUACAGGGAAAAACAUAACAACUAUCACCGACGUAGAAUUUUUAUACAACACUUUGGAGAUUGAGGAACAAAAUAAGUUGACACUCCCGGAAUGGACGAAAGAGUUUUAUAAUUCGAAAAUGCGGGAACUGGCAGCUCGCAGUUUGGCGCUGUUUACAAGUAACACCUUGCAACAACGGCUUCGUGGAGGUCCGAUUCUGAAGGAAAUUCUGUCUAAUAUGAUGAGUACUCGAGUACAAAGCGAUUACAAGAAAAUGUAUCUUUACUCUGCUCACGAUACUACUUUGGUGAAUACUUUAAGGACCAUGGGCUUUACGGAGGAAUUACUUAAGCCAGACUAUGGCGCUGCUCUAAUUUUUGAAUUAUUACUCAUUAAUGGCGGGCAGAAUCAAGAGGUGAAGGUUAUGUACUUAAACAACACACAAACAAGAGUUCCAUAUCCGUUGACAAUUCCCAAGUGUUCCGAACCUUGUUUACUUGAAAAUCUAUUGACCGUAUGGAAGGAUGUCCUACCUACUGAUUGGAAAGCUGAGUGUCAGUUGCAGUAAAAUUGUGUAAAGUUCCAAGAUAUAUAUUUAAGGGCUCUCGUACACGACAGGUAGUCGUUACCAGAAAUUGAUAUUGUAAAGGUUCAAUAUACACAACCGACAAUUUGUCAGAUAUUUGUGGCCGACCACCGGAUCUGCACUGAAUCGGUAGAAAAAUGGAACAUGUUGCACCUUUUCCGUUGGCUCGUAUUUUUAGUCGUUUAUGUACGGGGCCCCAUAAGAAUCUAUUGUAAAUAUUGUAUUCGAUAGAAUUGUCGGUCACUUAUUGUCUGUCGUGGGCAGGAACUCUAACAAAAUUAAAACACUGUAAAAUAGAACACAUAUUUAAGAUAAGUUCACGGUAGAAAUUAAAUUCACAUUGAACUGAUUAACGUGAUUGUGUAUAAAGUUAUUAGAAUUCCAGGUGGAAUUUAGCAACAUGGUUUAUUUGUCUCUAUUAAGAAACAUACGCAGAUUUUAAUCAUUAGUUCUUAACAUUUAAAAUGAUGUAUUUACCGAAUCUAAAAGUGUUAAUGUUAGCAAUAUUUUUUAAUCGAAACACGUGGCACAAAAUAUUCAUACCGAUUAUUUGCAUAUAAUGCAAAAACUAGGAUAUCAUCAUCGUAAUAAUUUAUAGUACAUAACAUACAGGUUCACUGAAGUUUUUUCACAAAUCACAGAUUCAUACGGCAUUAAAGUUAAGCAUCAAGUUAUUUUUAUAUGUAAAAUAAAAACGUUCAUUUUUAUAAAUACUGAAUGGUUUACUUAAUCACUAAAAAUGGAGAAAUGUCUGUUGGUGUUGCACAAAUCGAAUCUACCUAGGAAUAAACUUCAGGAUUGGCGAAAAA